AUGGCCUCACUGGGUGUCUCGGCGGGGCUGGACUCGCCUCCCUCCCCUGCUUCAUGUAUGUUAGAACGGACCAAACAGCAACACUACAGUGAAACCCCAUCCCUAACCGCGUACAACGAGCCACUGCCUAAAUUGAAUACUUGCAAAAACAAUCCCAACUACUCGAGCACUUCGUACGUAAAUAAUUAUUUGGAAAUCAGCAACAGUGAAGUGAAGUCAAGCAACGGACCGACAGAAAAAAUUGAUAAGGAUUGUCGAAUGAUGGAAGUUAACCUGGAGAAAGAAGAGCAAAAACCAGACGAAGCCGAGCGGCCCCGGCGACGGAGAAGGAAACCACGCGUCCUCUUCUCUCAGGCGCAGGUCUACGAAUUGGAGAGGCGGUUCAAACAGCAAAAGUAUCUCUCCGCACCCGAGAGGGACCAUUUGGCAAACAUACUGAAGCUCACGUCUACUCAGGUGAAAAUCUGGUUCCAGAAUCGCAGGUACAAAUGUAAAAGGCAGCGCCAGGACAAAUCUCUGGAAAUGGUGGGGCUCCCGCCUCCGAGGAGAAUCGCCGUGCCAGUGCUGGUCAGAGAUGGGAAGCCGUGCCUAGGAGAGUCCUCGCCUUAUAACUCUCCGUAUAACAUGAAUAUCAGCCCUUACGCUUAUGGCACUUAUGCAAACUAUACCAACUACAGUGGCGCAACUACUCCUGCCAACUACAGCUGUAACUAUCCCAGUGUUCAAGCCGUGCCCCCGUCAACAGCAGCUGGCAGCUUUAUGAAUAUGAAUUUCACAGUCAAUGACUUGAGCAAUGCCAUGCAGACUCAAAUCCACCAGAAUACUGGAGUUUCUACUUUGCAUGGGAUCAGAGCCUGGUAG